AUGUCGAAAGAAGUGAUGGAAGAAGGAGAAUCUGCUGAACAAGAGAGAGACUAUGUGGAGCCACCGCCAGCGCCUUUCAUUGACAUGGAGGAGCUGAUGCUAUGGUCCUUCUACAGAGCUGUUAUUGCCGAAUUCAUCGCCACCCUACUCUUUCUCUACAUCACAGUCGCCACCUUAAUCGGCUACAAGGAGCAAGCUGAUGCUUGCAACACU